UCCCUCCCGCGUUCCUUCCUUUCCUUCUCUCUCCCCUCGGUGCUCCCUUGGCCUCACCGGGUCCCUCUUCCUCCUCACCUGGCCCCUCAAACUUCAGGGCAGGGAGGUGGAGGCACCUCCUUGGUGUUUCUGACCCCUUCCUUCCCCCAGCCCCGGGAGAGGUGUGCAGGGAAGUCUCCUCCGAGCCCAGCUUCUAGGAGGAAAGUCCAGGCAGGGCCGCAGGGCCCAUACGGAGGGCCCCCUCCCACCACCCCAGGCCACGCAGGAGGGCCAGGGAGCCGGGCCCAGGUAGGGCUGCUGGUGGAGUCCUGAUGCCUGACUGGUUCUGCUGGUUUCUGCGGCCAGCACUGGGAGGAGCAUACACUCCGGGCGGGCUUUAGGGCAGAAUUAUUUCUCAUCUUGACUUGCCACCCGCUACCAGUCGGGAAGGUAAAGCAGGUCUGAGUCACUACUGAGGGGGAGGGCAGGAGUUAUAGGAGUGCUGGCUGCGGGGGGGCAUGCCCACAGAAGGCCUGUCACCAGCCAGCUGGACGGACACGGACAGAGAGACAGCAGACAGAAGGUGGCCGGGUCCUGAGGCUGUAGGGAGGCAGUGGGCUGGCCCAAGCCUCCCUCAGCUGGGGUGUCAGAGGUCUACCAUGUGCCAGGGCCAGGAGUUUGGGGAGCCCAGACUGGCCUUGCCCUCAGGGAGCUCACGUUCUGGCUGAGAAGAUCCAUGUGGAACCCAAAGACACAGUUGCCCUGCUGAGAGCACCGCGGCCCAUCCUUGCAGACCGUGAUCUCACAACGGUGGCCCUCGGCCCUCCACCUCCGGCUGGGGCGGGGGCCGCCCAUCUCCAAGUCCCCAGCCAUGACGACCUCAGCACUGCGGCGCCAGGUAAAGAACAUCGUGCACAACUACUCUGAGGCAGAGGUCAAGGUCCGCGAGGCCACCAGCAAUGACCCGUGGGGCCCGCCCAGCUCGCUCAUGUCGGAGAUUGCUGACCUGACUUUCAACACAGUGGCCUUCGCCGAGGUCAUGGGCAUGCUGUGGCGGCGGCUCAAUGACAGCGGCAAGAACUGGCGGCACGUGUACAAGGCGCUGACGCUGCUGGACUACCUGCUCAAGACGGGCUCCGAGCGGGUGGCCCACCAGUGCCGCGAGAACCUCUACACCAUCCAGACACUCAAGGACUUCCAGUACAUCGACCGCGACGGCAAGGACCAGGGCGUCAACGUGCGCGAGAAGGUCAAGCAGGUGAUGGCUCUGCUCAAGGACGAGGAGCGCCUGCGGCAGGAGCGGACCCACGCCCUCAAGACCAAGGAGCGCAUGGCGCUGGAGGGCACGGGCAUCGGCAGCGGGCAGCUGGGCUUCAGCCGCCGCCAUGGCGAUGACUACGGCCGCUCACGCAGUUCCCCUUCCUCCUACAACUCCUCCUCCUCAUCCCCCCGCUACACCUCCGACCUGGAGCAGGCCCGGCCCCAGACGUCAGGAGAAGAGGAGCUGCAGCUGCAGCUGGCCCUGGCCAUGAGCCGUGAGGAGGCCGAGAAGCCAGUCCCCCCAGCCUCCCACAGGGAUGAGGACCUGCAGCUGCAGCUGGCUCUGCGCCUGAGCCAGCAGGAGCAUGAGAAGGAGGUGAGGUCCUGGCGGGGAGAUGACUCCCCGAUGGCCAAUGGUGCUGGGGCCACAGCCCGCUGUUGGCAGGACAGAGAGCCCGCAAGAGAAGAGAGGAAGGAAGAGAAGCUGAAAACCAGCCAGUCCUCCAUCCUGGACUUGGCGGACAUCUUCACAGCCGCCCCGGUCCCGCCCUCCACACACUGCUCUGCUGACCCAUGGGACAUCCCAGGUCUCAGGCCAAGCACAGAACCCAGCGGCUCCUCCUGGGGGCCUUCUGCAGACCCCUGGUCUCCCAUCCCCUCGGGAAGUGCCCUGUCCCGAAGCCAGCCCUGGGACUUGCCCCCUGUGCUCUCCUCCUCUGAGCCCUGGGGCCGGACCCUAGUGCUGCCUGCUGGACUGCCCACCACAGACCCCUGGGCACAGAAGUCCCCCCACCACAAACUUCCCAACACUGGCGCUGACCCUUGGGGGCCUUCGGUGGAGACCUCCAACAAACCUGGGCUGCUUGAAUGGAAAGGGGUCAGUCCAGUGCCUACCCUUUUCGCCAGGCCAUCUCAUCUGCCUCUUCCUCCUUCACUAGCUCUUGGUGGUACCUCGACCUUUGACCCAUUUGCCAAACCUCCAGAAUCCACAGAGACCAAGGAAGGGCUAGAGCGUGACCAGGCCCUGCCCUCUGGGAAGCCCAGCAGCCCUGUGGAGCUGGACCUGUUUGGAGACCCCAUCCCCAGUUCCAAGCAAAAUGGCACAAAGGAGCCAGAUGCCUUUGACCUGGGUGUACUGGAGGAAGCGCUAGCCCAGCCCAGUAAGGAGGCCCGAGCUUGCCGGACUCCUGAGUCUUUCCUGGGCCCCUCAGCCUCUUCUCUGGUCAACCUAGACUCAUUAGUCAAGGUGCCCCAGGCUGCAAAGACCCGGAACCCCUUCCUGACAGGUCUCAGCGCUCCGUCCCCCACCAACCCGUUCGGCGGGGGCGAGCAGGGGAGGCCGACCCUGAACCAGAUGCGCAGCGGGUCGCCGGCGCUGGGCCUGGCGUCGGGCGGGCCAGCCGGGGCGCCCUCGGGCUCCAUGACCUACAGCGCCUCCCUGCCCCUCCCGCUCAGCAGCGUGCCAGCCGGCGUGACCCUCCCCGCCUCGGUCAGCGUCUUCCCGCAGGCUGGCGCCUCGACGCCGCCGCCAGCGAGCCUGCAGCAGCCGCUGCUGCCCACGUCGGGGUCGGCGGGGCCGCUCCACCCGCCCCCGCAGGCCAGCACCAACCCCUUCCUCUGAGCGCCUCCGCCCCGGCCGGCCGGCGCAUGCGCGCGAGCCCCGCCCCCACGGCGCGGACCGGCGCGGGGCGGGGCUGCCACUCCAGGACUGGUACCCGGAGCUCCGACCCGCAGAGAUGCGGCUCCCGCCCCGAGGCCUGCAAAGAUGCUGCUCCGGGCCUCCGCAGACCUUUGCCGCUCCAGGAGCUAGAGACGGACGACCUCCCAGGGACCGAGACCCGCCCCGUAAUAAAGACUGGAACCACGUCCUCAGCUCUCACCAGGAGGACUUUUUGCGUGGACCCGGGGCGUGGCGGCCGGGUCUGGACCCCAACGCGAGUCACCUGCUGCUGUGGAAACAACUGCUUCAUAGUGCGGGGCACACCAAAUGCUCCCACUUUCCGUACAGCCCCCUCUGCCUGGCGCUUUCGCUUCCCGAUGCUCCCCAGGCUCUUACUCAUUCCAUCAUUUCAUUCAUCACACAGGGCCCUGGAGAUGAUACAAUAGCAAGGAACAGUGGGCGGUUGUUCCCAUUUAUUGCACACUCGUCACGUGCUAAGCACUUUAGGAACAUUAUUUCAUUUAAUCCUUGCAACAACCCUCUGAGGUAGAUAAUAAUAUUACUCCUGUUCAAGACUGGCUACAGAAUUUGUGGGGUCCAGUGCAUAAUGAAAAUGCGGGGGCCCUUGUUAAAUUUGCGUUAAGAAUUUCAAAAUGGGGGCACCAGAGCAUUAAACCAAGCGCAAAGCCUCGGCCCUGCUCCCAUUUUAUAGGUGAGGAAACUGAGGUUUGGAGAGGUUAAGCGGGGCAUGCUCGAAGUCACAAAGUUAGCACAGUGUGGGGCUGGGAUUCAGAGUCAGACAGUCUGGCUCUACAGCCCUGAGCUCCCGGGCUGGGCCCCAGAUUUAAUUAGCAAAUACUGACUGGCUGCUGUGGAUGAAUUGCUGGGCUUGCCUUGGAGGGAUCCAAGAAUUGCUAAGCCCACAGCCUCCAGGAGCUCAGAACUCAGUGGGGCAGGCAAGUCAGGUCCAGGAGCCCCCACGCUCCUUUGUUUUACUGAGUCACCUCAAAUCUGGCUCGACCUCUCUCUUCUCCUUCACCAGAGCUGGGAAGAAACCCAAUCUUAGCCGUGCAGAGGGAGCCUGACCCCACCUGGGGGUCUAUGUGGACUCUGGGAAACCAAGGGGAGGGGCAGGGCCUGGUACUUCAUACUGUGGGCCAUCAUAGUCACCACUAUUCCUUUUCUACCCAAUGCUUUCCGGCCACUGGACCACUGGACACUGAUAUGUCCUCAAUGCUCAGGGUCUGGCCUUGCAGGCAGCCUGCUGCCAGCCCCCACCCCUUUUCAGGGCGCUGGGGGGAAAUGGCCUUCCAGUUGUCAGAAACACCAAAGUUGGCUGGGAGGACACAAUGCUGCUCUCCUUCCUAAGAUGGGGGUGGGGAAAGGAGCUGCUUUUCUUUUCUUUGGAGGGAGGGAGUCCCACCUUGGCUGUUCCAGGCAGGAUGGACAAGAGCACUUAGGAGUCAGACCGACAGGGCUCAAAACUCUGCUCCCAGGUUUGCAGUUAGUAAUAAUCACUUAGUAAGAAGUGGUUAUGCUCGCUGACCUUGAGUAAAUUACUUAACCUAUGA